UGUAAUAAAGUGUUUGAUAACUCUAAAGAUUUGAAAGGUGUUACACCUACGUAGCAGGCAAGAGAGCAAGAGAACUUCAGAAGUUGUCAAAAUGACCGUGAGUUGGUGUUGGCCUUUGACGUUGCUGCUCCUAAUUAUUGCAUGUGAAGCAGGGAGAGACUUUUACAAGAUCCUGGGAGUGCCUCGGGAUGCAAGUGUGAACCAGAUUAAAAAAGCAUACCGCCGACUAGCCAAAGAGUAUCAUCCAGAUAAAAAUAAAGAUGAUCCAAAUGCAGAGGAUAAAUUUAAGGAUCUUGGUGCAGCAUAUGAAGUAUUAGUAGAUGAUGAAAAAAGACAAAAAUAUGACAGGUGUGGUGAAGAAUGUGUGGCUAAGGAAGAUGGCUUUGGUGGAAUGGAUCCAUUUGCAAGUUUCUUUGGAGAUUUUGGAUUUGGGUUUGGUGGUGGUCCCCAGAGAGAGAGAGAAGUACCUAAAGGAGGGGACAUAACAAUGCAGAUGUUUGUAACACUAGAAGAACUGUAUGUGGGCAACUUUGUUGAGAUGAUGCGAAAUAAACCAGUGGCUAGAUCAGCUUCGGGCACUCGUAAGUGUAACUGUCGUCAAGAGAUGGUGACAAGACAACUUGGGCCAGGUCGUUUCCAAAUGACUCAACAGCAAGUUUGUGAUGAGUGCCCAAAUGUCAGGCUUGUUAAUGAAGAGAAGACACUUGAAUUUGAGAUUGAACCAGGAAUGGUUGAUGGACAAGAACAUCGUUUUAUUGGUGAAGGAGAGCCACACAUUGAUGGCGACCCUGGUGAUCUUAUCAUCAUUAUUAAGACUCAGCCUCAUGAAAGGUUUGAGCGACGUGGCGAUGACCUUUAUACAAAUGUAACGUUGUCUUUACAAGAAGCAUUGUUGGGAUUUGAACUAGAUAUUAUUCAUCUAGAUGGACAUAAGGUACAUGUAGUUCGUGAAAAACCCACAUGGCCUGGGGCUCGCAUUCGGAAGAAGGGCGAGGGAAUGCCUAAUUAUAAUAAUAACAACCUCUUUGGAACACUAUAUAUCACUUUUGAUGUUGAAUUCCCCAAAGGUGAAUUCAAUAAUGAAGAUAAAGAAAGCCUCAAGAAAAUAUUAAACCAAGAAUCCAUAGGAAAAGUUUAUAAUGGGCUUCGUGGAUACUGAUCGCAUCAGUAAAUUAGGAGAUUUGUACAGUUUUGUUAUAUUUAUGUGUAAAUCAGUUAUGUGUGGGUGAUUUUCUUUAUUUAAAUCAUACAGAAUGAGUUUGAUACCUAAUUUGAAGCUGUGAAUUUGUUUUGCAAAGGUUAGUUUUAUUAGGAAUUUUUUUGCUAAUACAGUUCUACUAUUUCAGAAUGGAUCAUUGUAUUUAUGUAAUGAUUUUUCUUAUUUAUAUUUGUCUAGAAGCUUUUGAACAGAGAAUGCAGGUAUUUGUAGAGUAUUGUUUUUUGUUUCCAGUUGGUACAGAAAACCAACUGAGUUUUUGAAAGCUCGUGUGAUGCUGUACAUAUAUUUCAAUAUAUUAUGUGAUAUGGUGUGUUUCAUAUUCCAUGUUAAUGGCUAUAUGAAUUUUCUGGAAAUUGUGUGUACAUCAUUCUUAAUGUUUUGGUCAUAAAUGAAAGAUUUUUAUAUACUCUGUAAUCAAGUUUUCAGAUACUUCAGGAACUUUUAGUGCUAUGUUGUAAAGUCACAAAUAUUUCAUAAUUAUGACUAUUUUCCGUAAUUUUCACUAAUGGGCAUUAAUUUGUAAUGUUUUCACUCAAUAAUCAAAGCGUUACUCACAUCUAAUAUUAUUGUCACUCAAAAUAUUUCUUUGGGGAUCACACAGUCAUGAUUAGCACAACAAAUACUUUAUUGUAAUGAAGGUUAGCUUUUUUUGAUAAGUUGCAGUGUUUUCAUCCCUAGAUUGUGAUGCUAUUAAGUAGCAAAUAUUGGUUGUCAAUUUCAGUGUUACCAUUAAAUGGAUACUAUUCUUGUUGAAGUUGCUAAAGCAAAUGGAGUUUUGUGAGACCAGUUUCUCUUUAUCAUGCCUAGCUUUUGUGUGUAGCUUUGUCAUAUACCGUAUAUGAUAAUUAUGGGCAUUUAUUGUAUUAUUUAGGGGAGUUGAAACUAUUCAGUUUAAUACAAGGUUUGCAGUAAACCUAAUAAAGUGAAUAAGUGAGAAUAAUGGAUUGUAACAAGAGGAUAAAAUAUAUUGGGUUUAUUUUAUCUUUUUUCAGCCUUAUGCCUCAUUUUAUGCUAUAAUGUGACUUAGUACGUACAGUAUUUAAUUAAAGGAACCAUGUAUAAUCAUUACACAAUCUUUUGUAAGGUUAGUGUUUUUGUAAAUGCUAAAACAAAAUUUUCAAGCAGUUGUUAGAAAUAAAAAAGAAAAGUACAA